UCGUGACCUCGAGGAGCGAGUGGCGUUGUCUUGGGGAGAGGGGGGGGGCGGUGGCGAGCCGAGCCGAGCCGCAUUGCAUGGCGACUGCACGCACGAAUCGCCGCAAACGUAACAUGCCAGGCAGCCGGCGAUAAAAGGCGCGGCGGACACACGCAUACUAGUGGAGGCACAACAGCAAAGUCAUCUUCAAAGUGCAUCUGACAAGUUUUGCCGUUCACAAUUUUAGGGGACGGCAUGGAUCAAAGUGGGAACCCGGCCGACGAUGAAUUUUCUGAGAAGGACGCGCCAUGUCUUAUUGUGGAAGACUCGCAGGAGAUGCUAACAUCAGGCGAGGCUGCAUCUAGCUACCAAACACUCAUAACGCACAAGCUUACAGCUCUACGAGAACAGCCAGUCAGCCCUGAACUGGCACUACUGUCCACACCUGGAAGGUCUGCACAGCAGAAGAUAAGUACAGAUGUGCUUGAUGGAGCACAGAGACCAGACCCUGCACCCUCAGAAUCGUGUAGCUUAGAAUUAAACACUAUGCCUCAUAUUCCUCAUCUUAAAGAUAAGCAGACAUCUGUUGUUAAAGAUGCCUUCGAGCAGCCUGCCACUGAGGUGGUGAAACCCAGCAGUGUCGAAGAGGCCUCGUAUGCCAGCUCUACAAAGAAGAGUAGCCUCCGGCCUACCCAGGUCUACCGCAUGGCAGAGCGGACUGUGCAUAUGUUGUUGCAUGGGGGACUGAGGCUGGAGCCGUCGGAGCACGCGCCUUCCACUGGCAACGUGUCGGGAGUAGUGGAGUUGACCAUGGCGGGCGAUGAUGCAGAGAGGGUGGACGAGUCUUGCACACAGGAAGACAUGUUUGAAUGUUCACAGAUCCUUGAAAGUGAGGCCAAACCACUUUCUCCAUGCUACACGCCCGUGGACUCCCUGAAAGUGCUUCACCUGUCUGGACACCAGCCCCUGGCCUCUGAGAGCCUGUCUACUGAGUGCUCUGAGGACAUGGUAGCUCCCUCUCCCAAUGCCUACAGCUCCACACCUAUCAUUAUACCAUCCUCCCCAACAGCCCAUGAUUCUCAAGACAGCAGUCUGGAUAUGGAGGAGCCCAUGGAUGUUCUAGUUGCUACACCCCCUCACUGCAAGUCUGAUGAGCCCAUGGAGAUGCAAUCCCCAACCUGCACCACUCCUCUUCCGGCCGAAAUUCCCAAAUGCAUACCUAAUGUACAAGCCACUGCUGCACAGGCAGACAAUGAGAUUCAGCCUUCUGUUCCGUUGUCACCCAAGCCAGCAUCUCAACCUGUUCAAGGGGUACUCAAGAAUCCUGAGGAGGCACAAAUCCAGAGAGAAGUGCAGACACAACAUGUGACACAGGCUCAGCAGACAUCACAUGCACACCUGGCUACCCACGAGGCAGACACUCAACAUUAUGCACAACAAUUGCAGACACAAAAAAAUACCCAAGAGGCACAGACACAUAACAUGCCACAGUCUCAGCAGGUUACACAGGAUGCACAAAUGCUGAAGGUCUCUCAAGAUGUACAAUUAUCACAAGAAUUACAAGAGGCACCCCAAGAUGAACAGGCUCAGCCACUACACACUGAGUCUCCUGAAGAGGGACUAACACACCUGAAGUCACAGACCAAACAGGCUUCUCAGCAGCCACAGACACACCCGAUCACCCAAGAGGCACAAGAACACCACAAAUCCCAGGAGGUGCAAACACACCAAGAGAAGACACAAGAACAAGAGAAUACAAAGAUACAUCAGUCGCAUAAUGUAACUCAGGCUGCUCAUAUUCAGGAGAAACCAUCCUCUCCAGUUGCCAUCUGUAUUCCUCCAUCAGAACCCGAGUUCUCACAUGACAUUUUUAUCCCAACACCUGCAGAUGGUAUCAAUCCCUCAGCCUCUAAUGUCCCAAAGCCUGUGGACACACCAUUGGAAACGGAGCCAAUAACUACAGUGCGAAGUGUAUCGGAUGUCAAUCUGGAUACCAGUAAAGGAGGAGACGCGUCUUUCCACUUGCAGCUUUUCAGUGAAGAACACACGGAGUUGGACCACCUAGCAUCCCUGCAGCAGUUUAUAUCUAAGCAGGAGUCUCAAAAUUUGCAAACCAGCCAAAUACCAUCAGACAAGCUGGACACAGACACCAAACUCGUCAGCCAGUCCGAUGUAGUUGAAGAUAAAAACAACCAACCAGAAGCAACAACCGACCCUCUGAAUAAAUCUGAAAUGCCUCUAAAGCAUGGGCAAGGUGAUCCAUCCAAAUUGGCCAGUGACACGAAGGAAAUACAAAUUGAAUCUGGGCCAUCUGUUAAUUUGCAUUUAUGCUCAACUGCGAAAGAGGACACUUCCGAGGAUCAGGACAGUGAACCAAAUGAAGAAACACAGAUUGAUGAGGAAAUGGAGGUGGCUCUGGAUUUCACAGGGGAUAAUUCAUCAUUACUGGAAAAGAAUACUGAUUCUCAGUUACAGGUGAUGGAAUCUAAGGUUAGUGAGCCUCAAAUGAGUUGUCCCCCAAAUAAGAGCAAAGAUGCUUUAGGAAAACAUGAUAUUGAUAAAGAAACAAAGAUAAUUGCCAUUGUUCCUGCACUAGAGCCUAGCCAUAGUGAUUGUGUUUCUUUAGAAACUAGUAAUGUAAAAAAUGAUCAGCCUGAACAAAAUAAAAAUUCACAAUCGGAGCUUAAAAAAGGUUCGGAAGCAGUUGAAGCCAUGCAAGUUGAAAAAGUUAUGGAUACCAACACAAGUUUGUCAUCACAACCAAAAUUUAAAUGUCUAGAAGUUAGUGAUGAGGCGACUGUCAAAAAUCAAGACCCUCGGAGCCCACUGGAGGUGGAGGUGGACGGUUCAUCAGGGGAUUGUGAAGAUGACACAGGAGCUGAUGUGGCUCUCCACCUGUCACUGUCAGAAUCCCAAGCUGAAUCACAAAUAACCGAUUCAUCAGUCAUCGUGGACAACAGUGUCAGCAACUUGUCAGGAAAAAGCAUCCAAAAUGGGAACUCCACGGCACCAGUCGAUCCCCAAACAAGGUCACUAAUUUUAAAUGAAAGCGGAACGUCUGAAAAAUGUAGUUUGAUGAUAAUUGACAACGAAACCCAAAAUACAGAAGCUUUAGUGCUUGAAAAGCACGCUGCAGAAAGUCAGCAUUUCCAAAGCGAAACUAUAACAGCACAGCCUAAAGGGUCUGCUCAAGAUGUCUGCUCACAAAGUAAAGCUGUGAACAAGGAUGCAGAAGAGAUGCAGAUAUCACAAAACAAACCAAGGUUGGAAGAAUCUGAAGGUGGCUUUCAGGGUAGAGCUGUGGAGGCUGAAGUAAGAAAUGUCCUGGAACAUGAAACAUCGCAACAACAAGCAGCAGGGGCAACCAAGCUGUCCUCGUCUGAAGAUGAUGGUGAUAACUCAGUAGUAGAAGAGACCAAUAAGGCUAACCUUUCCUGUUCAUCAUCUAAUGAAGUGCAGUUCCACUUUACUUUGCCAAAAGAGGGUGAAGUUAUCCGGCUGCAGGCCAACAUCACCCCACCUCUUAUCCGGCAAAUGCGACUUGCUCCCCGACACAGCACACCCAUUGGUGGCUCAGAGCCUCCCCGGGCCCCCUCCGCAGCAAGCGACGUAGUGGCCGGAGAUGACAGCAAGAGAAACCUUUCACAGGAGGGAGCCCAGCCUAGCCCUUCCUCCCAGCGGAGCCAGGGUGCGCGAGGGGACCUCACCAGCCAGGGGGGGGUCCCUGAAAGCCCUUUAACCCCGCAGAUACAGGGUAACCAAGAGGACGUGAGCUUUCCAGAAAUGCAAAGAAUCCAGCAAGAGGAGAAGCAGAGUGUCAGGGAAGAAGAGAAGACGAGAGAGCAAAUUAAGGGGAAGGCGCAUGAGAAGACUUGCCUAGAACCAGCACAGAUAAUCACUUCAACACCCAUUGACAAUGAGGAACAGCCCCACUUCAGCCUAAAAAAACCAGAAAUACAAAUGGAAGAGUUCGUAGAAGAUGAAUCGAGGCCACCUACAGUGCAAUCUGCGGCCCGUAAGGGUGGUGAAGAUGGUACUGUCAUUGAAACAACCAACAAUGCUACAUCUUCUAGCUUAAACAAAAUCCAAGGAUCCGAGGAAGCUAGUGAGCAAGAGAUACUGAAGAUUUGUGAAGGGACAGAAAAGCCACAAGUGGAAACUUCUGAUUCCCACGCUCAAGAUCCAGUAACCCUGAUUGCCCCCUCAGUUCUUAGACCAACUGAAGGGCAAUCUCCUCUGCCCAGAUCCUGCCAGAAUGAGCCCAUCCGACAAAAAGAACAGACAACUGAACCAAAUCCUCUGGAUGAGCAAGAAGAAAUGGAAGUGGACUCUUCAGCAGCUAGGAAUGAGGCUGUAGACCCUGGAUUGGGAAAGGUUGAAUGGGAGAAGAACGCAGCUGAUAAUGUGCAUGUUGGUGAGAAAGCUGCAAGUGGAGUUGGUUUGGAGGAGGAAGCUGGCAUGACGGAGCAUGCUGCAUUAUUUGCUCAGACAUCUUCCUGCACAUCUGGGUUAUCUGAGACAGCUGGUCAAACCAAGGAGACCCAGACAGAAAGCAGAGUUGGAUUUAAUGUGGGAGUUGAGAGAGGCCUGGGCUUGACAAAGCUACGGAACAUUGCUGUGCAGACGAGGGAGGAUGGAGAGAGCACAAGCCAUGGCACAGAGGGGGAGGCCGAUACAGUCUCUCUCCACAGUCAGGAGGAAGACAGUUUGCCCUUACCAGCCCCAGCACCCGGGAGGCUGGUGCACAGGCACGUGCGCACAAUUCGCGAGGUGAAAAUCACUCGUGUCAUCACCGACGUCUACUACGUCAAUGGCAAGGAGGUGGAACGGAGGGUCACUGAGGAGGCAGAAGCACCAAUUGUGGAACGGCAAGAGUAUGAGCAGAGCACAACAUCGCCCUCCCGCACCGUGAGCUCGCUCACGUCCGGUGACCUGGCUGACGUCAGCUCAUUGUCCACCAAGGUGUCCAACGGGACGGGCAGCCUGCAGAGGACCGGCAGCAGCACGUCUGGUGGAGGCCACUCGAGUGUCAGCCUCAACCGCUCCGGUAGUGGGGGUACAUUAGCAGAUCCACCCAGCGCCAGCCUCCAGAGGUCAGGGAGUGAUGGAUCUGGUGGCCACAGCAGCGGGGGCCUCCACAAGCCAUGCGCAGCAGCAGCAGCAGCCGUCGGUGGGCACAAGUCCACAGACAAGGGCCACCACACCUCCAAGAAGGACAUGGAAAUGGAGAAAGAUGUUUCCACAAACAUCCGCGGCAGUGGUAGAGCUGUCUUUGAGGACAACAGGGGAAAGCAGAGCAGUAAAAGUACACUUCUUAAAGUGCAAGCUGGGCGUGGCUGUGAGGAGGUCUGGGGGGAGGGAGCACGAGUCGGAUACUCCAGACAUACUCACAGCAUGCCACGGACAACGCGGGGCAAAGGCAGGGGCCGUGGCCACCGUGCACCGAGGAAGCGUUAUGCUUGGCAGGGUCAACGAAGCGUUGCUCCAAUUAUGUUUUUGGAGCCAGAUACCGAAUGGGAAGAGAUUGCAGGUGAUGGAGAUGCAGGGGAUGAGGAUGAUGCGGAUCCAAUUGAGCCAGAGCCCACAGCAGAGUGGACACUAGUAGCAGACCGUGGUCCCCAAGCCAAGAACUUAAAGCGUGCGACUGAAUGCAGCACCAUACCAGCAGCUGCCCGGGGGAGCUCUGAUGGAGACAUGCAAUCAGAUGGUGGAGUCAUCCCGGGCCCAGAGUGGCUAACCGCCGACUCCGGGGGCCCCUGUACAAGUCGAGCUGCGUUGGCUGCUGCCGGGCCCUUUCGUCGCUCUUCCCUGCAACGCUCAGCCUCGCCGCUCAUGCAUCUUCAGGCAGAGCAAGAUGUGCCGGUGGUUACGGUAGCCGGGGAGGGCAGCAACAGCGGCAGCAGCAGCCUGGUGGGACUGCGCGUCGUGGCCAAGUGGAGCUCUAAUGAGUACUUCUACUCGGGGCGGGUGGUGGGCGAGCGUGAGGCCGGGCGGUGCCGUGUGCGCUUCGACGACGGCUACGAGUGCGACGUGGCGGGCCGUGACGUACUGCUGUGUGACCCUAUCCCACUGCACACGCAGGUCACGGCGCUCUCCCAUGACGAGUACUUCUCCGCAGGGUACAUCAAGGGGCACCGGAGGGAGGAGGACGAGCUGUACUAUUGUGUGGAGAAAGACGGGCAGCGCAAGUGGUACCGGCGUGUGGCUGUCAUCCUGUCCAGCGAGCAGGGCGACCAGCUCAGAGCACAGUACAGCCUGGACCCGCUGUGCCCACCCACUCCACACAAGCGCAUGGCAGAUGUCAGCCUCGAUAACCUUGUGGAGGGCAAGAGGCAACGACGGCUUGGAACAGCAGCAGAAGGUCGGUCUCCGACCACACAAGCUGCACGGCAACCGCAAAGCCCCCGGGUCGUGCCCUCCACUGGCAAGCGAAGGCUGCAGCUCACCGACCAGGGAUCAUCUGAUGUCGGGUCGCCAGCUAAGCGAGGCCGCAAAACCACCAGUGCCAAGCACUCAUCAUCAGGAGGCUCCAGCCCAUGUAAGAGCAUUGGCGGGCACUCGCCCACGCACAGCCUCACGGAGGAACGGCCAGUGCCACAGGCGUGCCCCAGCUCUGAGCUCUUUUGCGGCUACAGCUUCGUGUUGACAGUGUCCACCCCUGCAGAUCGAGUGUACUGCCGACCACCCCGCUUCUCCACUGAUGAGAGCUCGGGCACGGAGGAAGAGCAAGCAGCAGUGCCGUAUGACUACGCAGCAAUUGAGGCUCAGAUUCGGGCAGCAGGAGGCACCGUCCUGCAAAACCUUAACCCGACCCUGUGCACAGAGCUUUCACUCUGUUUCUUGGUGUGCGACUUCCCGUGUCGCUCACGCGAGUACUUGCUGGCGCUAGCGGCUGGCAUACCCUGUGUGUCGCACAUGUGGGUGCGGGACACUUGCCUGCUGAACACCCAGCAUGACUACCGUAAAUACAUGCUUCCCUCUGGCUACAGCCUCACUGCUGGCUCCAUCAUCGAGUGGCACGGACAGAAAAAUCUCUUUGAAGACACAAGGGUACUGCUGGUGUCCGAGGAUCACGAGAGCUUCCUGGACCUGUGGUCGGAGAUUCUUAUGGCGGCGAAGGCUGCCACAGUCACCUGCCACAAGCCCACCCCGAACUAUGAUGUUGCAGUGGCCAAGUACGACUUGCUGGUGUCGGAUGCAUCAUGCCCUCCCGGCAUGCUGCAUUGUGCUGCUGCUCUAGAAAUGCCCGUGGUGUCCUCUGAGUGGCUGGUGCAGUGCCUGGUAACAGGACACCGUGUCCCCUUCACCUCUCACCCUGCCUUCCGGCAUGACCACCGCCCAGUUUAAGCCCAUCACUACUUGUAGAGCCAUACGCAAGUUCUCACAAUGCAUGACGAAGAAGACAGAUUGAUAGGUUAGUCACAUAUCUAAAUCUGAAAAUGAUUUUUAUGUAAUAUUUUAUUUUAACUCCAUGUCCCCAUUUACACACUUACACAUCGCACACCAAUGAAAUAAUUUUAACUGUUUGAGUUAUAUGUAAAAAAUAAGCUAAUUCCGGCUACACUUUUGCAUAACCUUUUGCCACAACAAGUGAACAAAGUCAAUCUAAGCUGUAGGGUCUACAUUUGCACUGUUUAAGAAACUUGCCCAACUCCAAGAUAUUUUUUUACACUCAUUGAUUAAAACAUUCCACCACAAGUUUCAUCACUCAUUGCAUUCACCCAAUUUUAUCCUGUAAUGUAAAUGUAAAAACAUAACUAACAAUUGAUAUGAAAAUUGUGGUCUAUUUAAAACAAACGUUCAUUGAUAAGUAUGACUGACUUUUAUAUUUUAAGUAACUACCGUACUUGAAAUAUAUGUGCAUUGCUGUGGGGUAUUCGCCAAAAAAAUUACGCAUUUGGAGUGCAUUUACACAAUCCAGUUCUAUUUGGGCAUUUGCUGCCUUAAAGAUAUAGAAUGCAAUGCUGUGCACACUCGCUAGUCAUGCAGUCGCCUAAAAUUAUUGUCGUAGUGGCCAUUUACCUUAUUUCACGUAUCAACAAAAUUUACUUACCAUUUUGAGCGUUUUAACGAUUUUUAACCAUGCACUUUAAACAGUUGAGGUGUAUUAAAACACACACAAUGUGAAAGCUUAAAUAGGUUUAAUUUCCUGGUGGAUGUUUUUACAACCACAGGGGCAAUUAGAACAAGAUAAACAAAAUGCGUCACUGUAGGAAGAUGACAUUAUAAAAGACAAUGAUUGAUGUUUUGCAUUUUGGCUAUAAAACUUAACAGGUGUUUGAAAUGUUUUUGGAUCUUUGUUAUUUUGCAAAAGACUCGUUUAUUAGACAUUCUGUAGGUGCUUCACUAUGCCAUUGUUUAAGUGACUGAAAGUAAUUCAUUAUAUGCCUUACUGAAAAACGUGUACAUUUGCAUAGAGGGACCAAGUUGUGGGUGAAUAAUAGUUAAGACUUGAUAUGUUGCAUAAUGGUUCUCUGCAAAAAUGGAAUCAUUGUGUUGAUAAAUCAAGAUCGCCCAGGUUUAGCUGGGUGACUUAUUGAGGUGUUGAUUAUUGCGCCACCACGAUAAUCAUGCACAUAAAACUAAUGUUUAUCUAACAUUCAUUGUGUACUAAAUGCUUUUUAGAUUGCUACAUACUGUGUUUAUGAAUUUUUAAUUACCAGGUUUAUUUGUAACCGUAUUAUUUUACGUCUAAAAACUGCUAGUGAUAUAAUUGGUGAAACUAUUAAUGUCUUGACUUAAAGCUUUCGUGACUGCAGGAAUUAAUAUACUUUGGGUCGUUCGGUAAAGUCACGUAGAUAGGUUAAAAAAAAUACGACAUUUUGAUCGCAACACAAGCGACCGUCAACGUAGUUUUUUUGUUUAUUUCAUAAUUUUUUGAACCUAUCUACGUGACUUUACCGAAAGACCCAAAGAAUAUAAACCAUUAAUAUGUUUGUGUGUAUUCGUUUUUUGCAUGGUAUUCCUAGGUAAGCUGUGCGUAAUAUCGUCAAAGUCUAUAAAUCAGCUGUGUAACAAUAUCGGGUAGUUGUUUUAGAUGCUCCAGAUGUUAUUUCAGUUAUAAGUUACAUGUAAUAAUUACAGGUUUACUGUGAGGAAUUACACAUCUGCUUUGUAGCUGUUGAUACUGUGAAGCAUUUUUGUGAUGAUGUGCCACUGUUGCUUGCUCAAUAGCUACAUCUUAGGACCAUCUGUGCAUACAUGGCACAGAGAAUCUACUUUCACCAAAAUUAUUCCCUUUUAGAGCUGGCUUAUUUUGUCUGAACCAAAAGUAUAUAUGAAAAAAAAUUAACAACACUUUUUUAAUGUUCUUUUUUUAUAAAUAGUUUCAAUCACAAUGCUAUCUGAUACAUAAUCCAUAGCUUUACAUACUUGGUUAUGAAAUCCAGCCCAUGACUUUGUUAUGCCUACUCCACGACUUUUUUUUACAAUGUUGAGCCUUUUAUCCCACAUGGAGACACUUUAACUUGAUAGUUUGGAUGUAAAUUAUGCUGAAACAAUAACCCAAGAGUUUAGAAAAAGACGGACCUGUGUUGUCAGAGUAGCCAUUACAAUUGUCUGUAGUGUAAACUUUGUAUAAUUAAGCAGUUUAAGUGUGAGGCAUUUAAGUUGGAAAUGUAAACGUUUAAUUCUAAUUUGUUAUUUCCCCAUUUUUGCCCGUCGCUGCCAGUGUCGACAGCUUGGUCCUCAUUUAAUACGUUCGCAUGAUGCGGAGAAGGCUCUUUGUUUUAAUUGUCUGCGAGUGGCCCGAGAGAUGGAAGUUUGCCCACACUCCCCCGAGUCCCUCUUGUACUGCACGGAAGGAGCGAGGCUCGCCUUAUUUUCCCCAGUGUUCGCGGUGCAGAUUCUGCAACUGGUGUCCUGUGCCAAAAUCUGGAGCCACUGGAAGCCUCAAAAAGCCUUCUCUGAAUCACAUUCGUGACCCUUUUAGCUAAUGCUAACAUAUGGAAGGACCAAGCUGUGGAUGCUGUAAACGUCUCCCAAUAAACAGUUUUGCCAAAUGUUCAGAAUUAGACAGAAGGACGAUUAUAACUGCUUUCUUUAAAAAGAAAAAGUUCAACGACUUACAUUUGAAAAGUUUUAAAUAAAAUUGUGGACAAUUAAUGUUCGUUUUUAAGUGCAACCCCUAUGUGCAUCUCUUGGCAACUAGGACAUUGUGACAUUAAACUUACCGACAUGGAACAUGUCUUUGCAUCUCAAGCAACCAUUAUGAAACUGGUUUGGAGGAUUGUUAAAAAAAUAUUUGAAUUAUGUAUUGUUUUGAUUUAAAGCUUUCGUGACUGCAGGGAUUCAUAUUCUUGGUUCUAUCCCUUCUACGUGACUUUACCGAAAGAACCAAGAAUUAUGUAUUGUUGUUAAUCCAUGUAGCAUUUUUGUUAAAUAAA